GGGGCUGGAGUCCCCCGCUGGGGUGAUCUAGCGCAGAGCGAUAGACGUGCUCGGCGCGUCUCCUGCUCCUCCCUCUCUGCGGCCUCCGGGAGGUCGGCGUCGCUCUGGUGGCCUCCGGGACUAUGUGGAUGUCGCCCAAGAGGAGCAAAAUGGAAGUCGAUGAAACCGAGGUUUUCCGGCCCGAAUGGACCCAGCGUUACCUGGUGGUGGAGCCUCCCGAGGGCGAAGGGGCCCUGUGCCUGGUCUGUCGCCGCGUGGUCGUGGCCACCCGCGAGCGCGACGUCCGGCGCCACUACGAGGCCGAGCACGACCACUACGAGCGGUAUGUGGCGGAGGGCGAGCGCGCGGCCCUGGUGGAGCGCCUGCGGCAGGGCGACGUGCCCGUGGUCGCCCAGCUCACUCCCGAGGAGAGAGCUGCUCGCGCAGGCCUCGGGCUCGCCCGGCUCCUGGCCUUGAAGGGGCGCGGUUGGGGUGAGGGGGACUUUGUAUCCCAGUGCAUGGAGGUGAUGCUGAGAGAUGUACUGCCCGAUCAUGUCAGCGUUCUGGAUAGCAUUGAUUUAUCUCCAGAGGUCACGCGGCAGAGGGUCCUGAACAUUGACAAGAAUCUACGCAGUCAGCUCUUUCACCGAGCCAAGGACUUCAAAGCUUAUUCCCUUGCCUUGGACGACCAGGCUUUUGUGGCCUAUGAGAAUUACCUCCUGGUCUUUGUCCGCGGCGUGAGCCAGGACUUGGAGGUGCAAGAAGAGCUGCUGACCAUAAUCAACCUGACUCAUCACUUCAGUGUUGGUGCCCUCAUGGCGGCAAUCCUAGAGGCCCUGCAGACUGCAGGUCUUAGCUUGCAACGAAUGGUUGGACUAACCACGACCCAUACUCUGAGGAUGAUUGGUGAGAACUCAGGACUGGUUUCGUACAUGAGAGAAAAGGCUGUAAGCCCCAACUGUUGGAAUGUCAUCCAUUAUUCGGGAUUUCAUCACUUGGAGCUGUUGAGCUCCUACGAUGUAGACGUUAAUCAGAUCGUCAAUACCAUAUCUGAAUGGAUCGUUUUGAUUAAGACCAGAGGUGUUAGGCGGCCCGAAUUUCAGGCCUUGCUAACGGAGUCUGAGUCAGAGCAUGGGGAAAGGGUUAAUGGACGGUGUCUGAACAAUUGGCUUAGAAGAGGGAAAACUUUAAAACUAAUAUUUUCCCUAAGAAAAGAAAUAGAGGCAUUCUUGGUUUCCAUAGGAGCAACUACAGUUCAUUUCACAGACAAGCAGUGGCUUUGCGACUUUGGCUUCUUGGUGGAUAUUAUGGACCAUCUCCGAGAACUCAGUGAAUUAUUGGGGGUUAGUAAAGUCUUUGCUGCUGCUGCCUUUGACCAUAUUUGUGCCUUUGAAGUGAAGCUGAAUUUACUUCAGAGACAGAUGGAGGAGAAAAAUCUAACACACUUUGCUGCCUUGCGGGAAGUUGCUGAUGAACUUGCACAGCAUCUUAAAGAAGAUGAGAAAGUAUUUGAUCCCGAUCGGUAUCAAGUAGUGAUCUGUCGCCUGCAGAAAGAAUUUGAGAGACAUUUCAAGGACCUCAGGUUCAUUAAAAAGGACUUAGAACUUUUUGCAAAUCCAUUUAACUUUAAGCCUGAAUAUGCACCUAUUUCAGUAAGGAUGGAGUUAACAAAACUUCAGGCAGACACUAACCUUUGGGAUGAAUAUAGAAACAAAGACUUGGGGCAGUUCUAUGCUGGUUUGUCUGCUGAUUCUUACCCAAUUAUCAAAGGGGUUGCCUGUAAGGUGGCAUCCUUGUUUGAUAGUAACCAGAUCUGCGAAAAGGCUUUUUCAUAUUUGACUCGAAACCAACACACUUUGAGCCAGCCACUGACAGAUGACCACCUCCGCGCCCUUUUUAGGAUUGCCACAACCGAAAUAGAGCCGCAUUGGGAUGAUCUUGUGAGAGGAAGAAAUGAAUCUGAUCCGUAACCCUUGAAAUCUACAACGCUGAGACACUCAAACUUUUAGAAUCCAAUUCUAAAAGCAAAAGUUAGUUUGAUUUUUUAAAAUUUACUAAUACGGAUUGUGGAAAGCACCAAGUUGAUUCACCUAAAUUGAUCAGGAUUCAGAUUCUUCUGACUGAUCUUUUUUCCUUUUUCAUCUCAAGAAACAACAUGGGACUGACAUGAGAACACCUUUUUUAAAACUUACUGACAAAGUCAUCGUCUUUACUUUUGUGAUAGAAUUGUUUUUAAAGAAGUUGAGUAGUGACAUGUGAUUUAGAAGUCUUUUUAAGGUGUUCUGGAGAAAGUUCUUAUUUUAACUAAGUGUUAAAAUGCUGAUGCAUAUAAUCUGAAAUUACGAACUCAAGGUAUAUGUUUGAGCCAAUUGCAGAAACUCGUUUAGCAAGUUCAGAAGUUUCUGAAAAGGAAGAACAUACAAAUAGGGGAGGUAUUUUUGUCUAACUGUCAAAAUGAGAAUUUUUAAAAACAAAUUCUGAGUCUGAAGUAAAUACUGACAGAAUUCCUUCCUCACCUCCCCCCAACCAUCCCAGUGAUAAUGAUAUUACUAAUAGAAGAAGUAACCAGGUAAAAUUUUAGUAGGGGAGCAAGAUGAUUUUUAAGUUACUGGUGUAGGAGACCUGUUGCAAUUUGGAGAUCAGACUAACCAGUUGUUGGGGUUUUCCCCUGAAUUUUCCCCAUAGGGAACUGUUUUAUCAGCUUGCUUAAUAAAGGACUACGGUAAGUAUAGAAUCGUAACACCUGCCCCUUAGUAAUUUUUUUCUGCUCUAGACAGAAGUUUGACUCUGUCAAAAUGAAUGAGAGAAAAGGAUUUUUGCACUCUAGAGUCAGGAGGUGUGAGCUGUGUCAGCCUAUUUGUCCUGUCUGCAUGGGUGUUACUGCUUUGUAAAGAGCUCCUGCUUAGAGGAAAUUCUUUAUUUUAAAAUGAUAUACUGAUUUUGUUAGCUCCUGGAAAUGGAUUUAUUCUAGAAUUUGAAACUCCCACAUAUUUUGUGAUUAAGACAGUGUACAAGUGGAAAUAUUUAACUCUCAAGAAGCAGCUUUAUUCCCAGAUUGUAAAAAUUCCAUGUUUCUAGUGAGACAUCUGCUUUGUGCUAAACAGUAAAUUUCAGACUUCUGUUAACAUGAAAAGGAAAUCUUACAGCAGAGCCAAAUAUGUAAAAUAACUUAAAAACAGGACCCAAAUUAAGAUCCUAUCAAGUACAGUUUGAAAACUAUUGUGAUAAAGUCCUGGUGUAACUAUUAUAACACAUUAUCCUAUGGCCACUAAGUGAGCAAAUUCAAGGAGCCAGAAUUAAACAUCCAAGAAUAUGGAAGGAAAUGAUGCCUGAGCCAUCAAAAUAAAUUCCGUGAGAACCCAGGAACCCAAAUUGUGUCUAGUUCUCAACUAGAGUCACUAACCCCUCCUUUUAGUCUUUUGAGAGGAUGUUGGGAAAUACAGAGAGGUAUUUUUUGUUUGUCGUAUUUACUGUGGGGUUCUGCUCAUCAUAUGCCUGAUGCCCCGCCCUCCCUUUGAUGCACAGGACAGUCUGGCGCAGGAAGAAUUAUCACUCCCAAAGUGCCACAAGAUGCCCAAUGUAGACUACCUUAUUCUGAGGAAUAGGGCAGGUUACCUGUAGAAGCAAAAUUAGAAGGGCAAGUUGGGCAAAUUGAUAAUGCUUAGUAAGGGAGACUAAUUCCAACAUUCAUAGUUGCCCGGUAAGUUGCAGUAAAGGCCUUGGUAGGUUCCAGUAGCUCACAAUAGCUUUUAUAAAUCAGUAACUGAUUCUGCAUCAGAUUAUAGGCUGUGUUCUGUUACAUAUGUUAAUUUAAGGCAGAAAAGCAAGUAUUAUAUAUUAUUUAUCAAGAGUGGUCAAGUUGAGCUAUAGGUCAGGAGUAAGGUUAAAUAUCUGAAAAAGAACAGUGAUAAACAAAUGAAAUAAAAAUCUGCCCAUAUUAAUUUCCAGUAGCUUAGAGCAUCCUCUGUUGUGGCAAAUGCUUUAUUGAAAGAAUGUUUGGAAGAUCUGAAAGCUGCUUCUGCUUUCUAACCCCAGUUCCUCAAAUAUUCAAGUCUUGUACAUUUUGUGGAGUUAAGUAUGUAUUUUGCUUAAGGUGAUAAUAAAGUUAGAUUGCAGCAUAUGGGGGUAUGGGGUGGGGGGACAUAUAAGCCAAGGACUUUAAAUCAACUCUGAACAACAGAGAAUUUGCUAUAAACUAGUCUUGUUUUGUUUUGUUUUGUUUUUCAAAGUGUGUAUUUUACUGUUUUCUGUGUUAAGUAAUUCUGUAACUGCAUGGCAGUUUUUUAUUUUGGGUUUUUUUUUAUAUAAAAUAGUUGUUAUUCGUCUUGUAUUUGUGAAUAUAGUUAAAAUAAGCAGUUUUUAAAGAACUGUGUCUUUGUAUCUCCUGUUACUACUAGUUUUCUUGAAACACUUCUGUAUUCCCAGUCUGUCAUAUUGUUGAUCAAACUGCUCUCCCAAGCUCACCAAGUGCUUGUCAGUAUUCUUAACUUCUUUGAUGCCACUGUCCUUAAUAUACUUGUUUCUUUGCCUAUAGGGAGUUACCACAUCCAGGUAUACUUUCUCAAUAUCUGUGUUCUUGCCAUUUUAAAAAUGUUGUUUUAGGCAAUCUCAUAAAUGCAUCAUCUCCUUAGCUGAUUUCAUCUUCCAUGGCUUCAGUUACCACCUGUAUGCAGAUGACUCCAAAUUCAUGUCUAGACCUUUCCUCAUUCAUCUAUGUAAUGGGUAAUUCAAGUCCACUUUGCUGUCUAACAGGUACCACAGUGUGCCCUUGGUCUUGCCCCCAAACCACCUUUCAUGUUCUCUCUCUCAGUCAAUGGCACUGCCACUAACCAACCAUUCCAUUGCCAUUGCUCAAGUACCAAACUGAGUUAUCCAUGACUUUUCCCUCUUGAUCCCCUUGCAGAAACCUUUGUGUUGAGUCUACUUUCUGAUUUUUCUCCGUUCUCCAGUAUUACUACUCUCAGAGUUAGCCUAUCUAAAUGACAGUAACCCCCUCAUUAGGUGCCCUUUCUUUCAUUCUGAUUCCAUGUUCCAAAAGACUUAUCUGUCAUUUCAUUUGUUGUCACCAUUGCUCUCAGGGUAUGGUACACAUUUCUUUUUAAGGUCUUGGUUCAUAUACCAUUUCCUCAAAGACUUCAUCAGUGCCCUCUAGACUAGAUGCCCUUACAGUGUACUCCCCAAACUCCCUCUUCUUUCCCAGCCAUAUACUUACAGCACACUUUAUUGUUGCUUCUUAUUGAUUGCUACUAGACUGUAAGCUUUAUAAGGGCAGGACCCAUAUAAGCCUUGCUUGCUGUUAUCUCUAGUGCUUAGCACAAUGCCUGGCAUCUCAAUAAAUAUUGCAAUGAAUAAAUAUUUGUGUAGUGUUUUAUAGUCUUUGAAACCUUUUCACAGUUUCAUUUGAUCUUCACGGUGGUCCUGUCUCAGACUGCUUGCUGGGUAAUUGUAAUCUGUAUAUUACAAAGCCAGGAAUACCCACAUAAAUCUACUAUGUAAUAUUAAGUCUUUACCUCCUUCAUAUAAAAGUCUUUUUUUUUAUUAUUAUUGAUUUUCAAAGACAUACUUGCAAAGGAACCAGGAUGGAAAAGACUGGGAAAGUCCUUUGUGACCUAAAACUAGUUCAGUAGUUAAAAAAUUACAUUUGGUAUUAGAAAAAGAUAAUGCUGCUUAAGAGUUGAUAUCCAUUUUCCCUUGUGUAAGCAUUAACCCUAGAAGAAUAUGGCAUACUAUUUACUUGCUAUCAAUACUUCCUUUACAGAUGUAUUCUGGCUCUUCUGGGAUUUAAAAGUAAGUAAAUUUAAGAAAAUUUUAGAAUGAUUUGACUCUUCUGGUAACUAGAUAUUCAGUUGCUGCCUUGCAGAAUGUCCUCGCCACCAUCCCAAGGGAUUCCCUCAAAGGGACAUCUAGUCAAUGUUGGACUUUUUAGGUUUACUUUAUUUCUUGUUCACAUGCCUCUCAAUUUCUGAAUCUUUGAGGCUUCAUGAGAAAGCCACACCUUUAAUCUCUUUCCUUGAGCCACUUCCAGUUUAAGAGACCAAAUAUUGGUAGUCUUAUUGUUGGAUUUUAAAUUUUAGGCACAUUAACUCAUUUAGAGCUCUUAAUAGGUAUGGUACUCAUCCAGUGAUUUGAUCCAUACUACACAACUGAGCUUUAUUCAGCCUUUGGAUUUAAGGAUUUCUCGUUUCUGUCUUUCUAUAAUGGAAUAGUGGCCUCGUUCUACCCUGUAAAUACCUGAAUUUGCGAAAUCUCUUAUUCCCUGGCAUUUCUGUUUGCAAAUUGAUGAAUUCUGUUUCUGAACUAAUCUCUUCCUAUACAUUUUGUCAAAAGCAGCCAACAGCAACCAUAAGAUUUUUGUUUUCUUGUCUUAUUAAUUUGUUUGUAUAGUAAUAGACACUGUCUUCCAGGCUCUCUCAAGGGACAGUUGCACCACUCCUUAACAUGAUUUGCCUGUGCAUAAGUUAUGUCUUCUAUCCUCCAAUAGCAAAUUCCUGAAUGCCAACUAGGCCAAUUUCUGUAUCAGGACAGACUAGUAACAACCACAAAAAUCACCAUAUCCCUAAUUUGGUUAGGGAUUUUGCCUUAGAUAGGAAUUGAUAAAAUACAGCUCUCAGCAAACUACCCUGUUUCUGUAAAUACGGUUUUAUUGCAGACAGCCUUCCCCAUUUAUUAUCUGGCUGCUUUUGCUAUCCAGUGGGAGAAUUGAGUAGUUGUGACGGAGAGCAUAUGGUGCAGUCUAAAAUCCUUUACAGAGGAAAGUUCACUGAAGCCUGCUCUAAGUUGUAUUCAUUCUGGGAUUCAGGCCAAUCAGAUGCCAUGUAGGGUGUGGCUACUCAUUUUGAGAAGUGGGGAAAAAAGUGGUAAAUCACCCAUAGGCCCUUCAAAGCACUUUAAUUGACCAAAACAAAUCACAUGGCCACACGGAAGUUGAAGGAGGAGUGUAAUCCUUCCAGGUACAUUUGGAAAACAACACUAAUAAUUAACAGUUAUUCCUGGUUAUAUCUAUCCAUUUAUAUGAUUUCUUUAAAAAUACAUUUUUUUCUUUUUUAUUGGGGUGAAACAUUAAAGUGCAAGUAUUAAGUGUACCUCAGUAGAUUUUUAUAUACAUUUUUGAACCUACCACCUAGGUCAAGAUAUUGAACAUUUCUAGCACGUAAGUAGGUGCUCUUAAGCCUUUCAUACACACAGAUAACCACUAUUCUGUCCGUUGUUGCCAUAGUUUACUUUUGUUUGUUUUACAACUUCAUGUAAAUCUAAUAGUUGUAUGUACUACUAUGUCUUGUUCAGCGUUAUGUCUAAGUCCAUGUUUUUUUGUAGCGGCAGUUCUUUCUUUACUUCUGUGUAGUAUUCCAUUGUGUCUGCACCACAACUUAAGAAUCCAUUCUAUUAUUAAUGGAAAUGUUGGUUGUUUCCAGUUUGUGGUUAUUAAUAAAGUUGCCAUAAAUAUUUUUGUAUCUGUCUCAUUGUAUUCUCAUUGACCCUUCUAAAUUAGAAUUUAUGGAACUGACCAAAGUUUAUAGAGCAGUUAUUCCACCUCCUUUACAGGUAAAGAAAUGGGGUCCUAGAGAAGUAGCAGCUAUAAGGUGGUUCUGAAUUAUGCAGAACCAAAAUAAGUGUUAUUUAUUUCCUGACUCCUACGCCCCAAGUGCAUUUUCUACUCUGCUGUUGCUUUCAUGGCCAGAUUGCCCUAUGUCUCCAUUUCUUUUAAGGAACCAUCUGUUUGCCAGAUGGAAGACCCCAGAAGCUUCAUAAUGUUGCCCUUUGGUUCUGGUUAACAAUAGCUGAAAUAGUAUCUCAGCGCUGAUACAGAAAUCCUUUUGGAAUCUAAAAUUCAUUGAGAUAUCGUUACUUAGAUAGUAAAAUUAUUAAGUUCAUAUUUUGCUGUAUAUUCUGAAACAGUUUAAAUAAGACACGUAUUACCUGAAAGAAUAUGAGAGCUUGAAAGAAUUUCUUAGAAAAGAGUGGGAUUGGUGCUACAUUACAUAGUUUGGUGAUUUUUCGGUUUAUUUUAUGCUUGCAUGUGGAAUAUCAAUUUUUUUAUUUUCCUACACUUUUUC